AUGGUAGCUAUCCAGGGCGACAGAGGGGCACGUCGUCCGCGCGUGCUGAUCGUCGGCGCGGGCUUCGCGGGCCUGCGUGCGCUCCGGGCGCUGCAGGGAAAGUGCGACGUGACGAUCGUGGACUUUGACUACUGCAUCCUCUGCGCAGGGUCGGAGUACCCGGACGCCGCGCUCAAGGCCAGGCCUGUGGCUCAGAGCGCCGAGCAGCGCGAGGCAGAGUGGCGCGCUCGGAGCACGGAGCUGCGGGACGCGUCGAGCGUGUGCAUCAUCGGGGGGGGCACGACGGGCGUCGAGCUGGCGGCCGAGCUGGCCGAUGUCCGGCGGCCCGGGACGACGACGCUCGUGAGCUCGACGGCGCGGUUGCUGCAGCACAUGCCGGAGAAGGCGGGGCGGUACGCACAGGGCCAUUUGGAGCGCAGAGGGGUGCGGGUUCUGUUGGGGCAGCGCGUGGUGGAGGGGGGCGUGAGGGGAGGUGUUCUGGAGACGGACGCGGGCACGCGCGUGGACGCCGACGUCGUGGUGCGGUGCGUGGGCGUGCGGGUGCAGGUCGCGCCCGGAGGGGUCGUGGAAGUGGCGAACGAGAGGGACGCAGGCAGGUGGAGCGGCCUGCCCGUGGACGAGUGCCUCGUCGUGCGGACCGCGACGAGGCAAGAAGGCGGGCCCGUCAUCUUCGCCGCAGGCGACCAGGCCGACACCCCCUUCCCGAGAACCGCCUUCACGGCGGACCUCAUGGCGGACGCCGCCGCGGAGAACGUCAUGCGGCACUGGCGCGGGAAGCCGCUGCGGAGGUUCCCGUCCGAAACCACCUCGUACGGGCGCAGCUGGCUGCCAGCCAUCGAGUGCGUGUCGCUGGGAAAGUCGCGAGGGGUCCUGCAGAUGGGGGGCCUGGUCAUGACGGGGCUGCUGCCGUCGGUAUCGAAGGACGGCAUGGAGGCCACGCUGGUGGGCUGCUCCCGCGGCGGAACAGUGUGGAACGCGGUGUGGUCGGUGGCUGAGCCCGCCUCGGUGUGGCUCGUGUGCCGCAUGCUGCCUCUGCUCGGCCUUGGGCAGCCAGCGGCGCAGCGGGUGACGUGGGGCGGGCGGUGA